CCCACAAUCCUCUGAGAAGGGGUGUCAGUUGGAAUGUAGAUUGCGAAGGAGAAGGUUUGGAGAGAAAGAGAGAAAGAGAGCAGGGAGAGGAAUUCACCGGAACCAUGACUGACAUGUUGCCAGUGAUGAGAAUUGGAGUUGUGGGAUAUGGACAUUUAGGGCAGUACCUUGUGGAGCGGCUCCAGAGAGAAGGGGCCCAGGUGGGCCUGACACUGGUCUUUGUGUGGAACAGAAACACUGACAAACUCAGGGAAUCAGUGGCUGAGGAGCUCAUUCUACACAACCUCCCAGACUUUACAGACAGGGGUGCUGAUGUGAUUGUGGAGGUGUGUCAUCCCAAAAUUGUAAAAGACUUUGGAGUCCAAUUCCUCUCUAAGGCCCAUUUUCUGGUGGGCUCUCCUUCAGCCCUCUCAGACCCACAGCUGAACCAGGAACUGCGCCAGGCUGCAGAGCAUCAUGGGAGGACCCUAUAUAUCCCCAGUGGUGCAUUGUGGGGAGGCCAGGAUAUCCUGAGACUCAAUGAUAGUGGAUCUUUAAAGGCACUGUUCAUCCGGAUGUCCAAGCACCCGUCAUGUUUCCGUCUGACAGGAGAUGUGCUGUCUGAUUGGACAGAGGAUGAGGGGAGGCGGGUCUUAUUCAGUGGCUCCGUGGCAGAGCUCUGUCCCGUUGCCCCUAACAACGUCAACACCAUGGCGGCAGCGGCCAUCGCAGCGGGGACCCUGGGUUUCGCUGGCGUCCAGGGGGAGAUUGUGUCGGAUACGGCACUAAGUGAUUACCAUGUGGUGGAGGUGGAGGUUACUGGUGCCAAUGGCUUCACAGUGCAUACAGUGAGGAGGAACCCAGCCAAACUUGGAGCUGUAACUGGGAGUGCCACCUACAACUCCUUCUGGAGCAGCUUACUGGUGUGUAAGGGACAUGGUGGCCGGGUUUACUUGUGCUGAAGAGGGAGGGAUUUCAGAAGACAAUUCCCUCUACCAACCAAACACUCACAACACUAUGGUACUGAAACACACACUACACAACACUAUGGUACUGAAACACACACUACACAACAUUAUGGUACUGAAACACACACUACACAACACUAUGGUACUGAAACACACACUACACAACACUAUGGUACUGAAACACACACUACACAACACUAUGGUACUGAAACACACACUACGGUACUGAAACACACACUACGGUACUGAACAGUCUGCAGUGGCUGUGUCUGUAGUUACUGAUCAUGUGUGAGCAAAGUUCGGCUUGCUUCAUAUAAUAUGGUGUGACUGUAUCAGGAUGACAAAGAUGGGCUUGCUUCAUAUAAUAUGGUGUGACUAUCAGGCUCGACAAAGAUGGGCUUGUUCAUAUAAUAUGGUGUGACUAUCAGGCUCGACAAAGAUGGGCUUGUUCAUAUAAUAUGGUGUGACUGUAUCAGGAUGACAAAGAUGGCCUUGCUUUAUAGAAUAUGGUGUGACUGUAUCAGGAUGACAAAGAUGGCCUUGCUUUAUAGAAUAUGGUGUGACUGUAUCAGGAUUGACAAAGAUGGGUUUGCUUCAUAUAAUAUGGUGUGACUGUAUCAGGAUGACAAAGAUGGGCUUGCUUCAUAUAAUAUGGUGUGACUGUAUCAGGAUUGACAAAGAUGGGCUUGCUUCAUAUAUGGUGUGACUGUAUCAGGAUGGACAAAGAUGGGCUUGCUUCAUAUAAUAUGGUGUGACUAUCAGGCUCGACAAAGAUGGGCUUGUUCAUAUAAUAUGGUGUGACUGUAUCAGGAUUGACAAAGAUGGGCUUGCUUCAUAUAUGGUGUGACUGUAUCAGGAUGGACAAAGAUGGGCUUGCUUCAUAUAAUAUGGUGUGACUAUCAGGCUCG